AUGGAUCCGAGGGCGAAGCUCCAACCCGCUGCUAGAGUGGCUCACAGGAGGCAGGAUGUGUGGACUAUUGUCAAUGAAGCUGCGGCAGCCUCUCCCAAACAGCCCAUUGUUAACAUGGGACAAGGCUUCUUUGGGUACAACCCACCGCAGUUCAUUAUAAACGCUGCCAAGGAAGCGCUGGACAAAGUUGAAUGCAAUCAGUACUCUCCCACGCGCGGACGGCCACGUCUAAAGAAGGCGAUUGCAGAUGCCUAUACACCAUUAUGGGGGAGGCAGCUAAACCCAGACACCGAGAUCACGGUUACCACUGGGGCAAAUGAAGGGAUGUUGAGCGCCUUCAUGGCUUUUAUUGAGAAGGACGACGAGGUUAUUAUCUUUGAGCCAUUCUUCGACCAGUACAUCUCCAACAUCGAAAUGCCAGGCGGGAAGGUUGUCUAUGUGCCUCUACACCCACCUCCAAACGGGGCCACGCAAAACACCUCCGCAGGCGAAUGGACGAUCGACUUCGCCGAGCUAGAAGCAGCUAUCAGUCCCAAAACCAAGAUGAUCGUCCUCAACACCCCGCACAACCCCGUCGGUAAAGUAUUCUCCAAGGAGGAAUUACUCAAGAUAGGCGAGCUCUGCGUUAAGAAUAACAUCAUCAUCCUCUCCGACGAGGUCUACGACCGGCUAUACUACGUGCCCUUCACUCGGAUCGCCACUCUAUCACCGGAGGUCGAAAGAUUAACUCUAACAGUCGGAUCUGCGGGAAAGAACUUCUACGCCACGGGUUGGCGAGUAGGCUGGCUCAUCGGGCCACCCAAUCUAAUCCAAUACGUAGCCGCGGCACACACACGCAUUUGCUACUCCUCGGUCUCGCCGCUCCAAGAAGCCGCCGCAGUAGGCUUCGAGCAAGCAGACGCCAACAACUUCUGGGAAACCGCCAUCCAGGAAAUGAAAGGCAAGGUGGACAUGUUCAACGAGAUCUGGGCGGAGCUGGACCUCCCAUUCUCAGACCCAGAAGGCGGAUAUUUCGUGCUGGUCAACAUGAAGAAAGUCAAAGUCCCCGCGGACUACCCCUUCCCCGACCAUGUCAAGGACCGCCCGAGGGAUUUCAAGCUUAGUUGGUUCCUAAUCCAGGAGGUGGGCGUGGCUGCUAUCCCGCCGACGGAAUUUUAUACAGAUGCUAAUGCGCAUAUUGGGGAGGAUUGGUUGAGGUUUGCGGUUUGUAAGGAAGAUGAUGUCUUGGUUAGGGCGAAGGAGAGGUUGAGGGAUUUGAAGAAAUAUAUUGAGCAUUGA